UGCUCGCCUCGUUGCGAAGAAUAAGAAUUUUCGGCAGAAAAACGAAUGUUGAGAAACAAAAAUGAGGAAAAAGAAUAAAGCGGGAGAGGCGGAGGUGGGGACCUUGUUUACCAUUUCGCUUGAGGAAAUAUGCAUCCUGUUUCGUCCCGUAAUGAAUGCGAGCAGCAUCCGAAAACAGGAAAGACUCUUUGGCUGCGAACGCUCAAAGGCGCGACAUAAAACAUUGGAAAUUCAGAACCGAGUCACACGGAAUACACUUAGCAUAUCUCGAUGUGUAAUCGACGUCUCUCUCUCUCUUUCUCUCUCUUUCUCUCUCUCGCUCUCUCUCAUUCUCCACUCUCGACGGAGUGUUUCGGCUAUUUUGAUAUUCAAAUGUUUCUCUGUAUUAUUUAUAAACACAUUCGAACGAUUCAAAACUUCUCGAAGAAUAGGAUUGUUCCUCGUCGCUUCGAGAAUAAACACAGAAACCCGUGGAAGGGACACGAUCACAAUUCUAAUCGAUAAAAGGGAUAAAUGGCGGCGCAUGUUCUAGAUAACGGUAUCCGAUCUCCUGCUGCGAGCUCGGGAAUCCACUCUACGCAGGCAAAAGGUCUUCGUGGCCGGCUUAGCUUCGCUCCGCUCCGCUUCCGGUCGGCUUCGUUCCCGGUUUGCCGCGACCCCGGCAUCAGGAAACUGAACGCGUGGCAGUGAGGAUCGGAAUGCUUGUCAGACGAGUUCGGCAAUCCGAUAACUCCGGUUGAAACGAGAGGAUAGCUGGAAAAGCGCAAUGUCAGUUUUCAAAUACGGGCUUCUACGUUUAAGAGUAUCGCUACAGCUCGAUAGUAACGCAAAGAUAUGAAAGGAACAGCCGACUGGUGUGAAGCCGCAAUCGUACUCAGUUCAACUCGCAUACUCACUGGAAAGAUGCAUGCGGCACGCAGAACUCUUCAGAGGAUUUCGAGGUCGGCGAACCUUCGUGGCGACUUCGACGUGUCGUUUUCCAAGCGCAGAGCAGCAGGACACCGUCCGCAAUCCUUUAUCCUGAAUAUAAAAAAUGUUAUCUCGAGGAAUAUUGUCGAUCGGAGCGCAGCAAGGAGCUCCGUUCUGUCGCUCGCACGAGACUUCGGCACUUUGGCGAGGAAAGAGCCGCCCGAGUCGCGCGGGAUUCCUGUCUUCGGCACGAUACUGUCUCUGGCGAUGGCUGGUGGCGCGCAGAAGCUACACGAAUACGUGGACAAGCGGCACCAGGAACUCGGCCCGAUCUACAGGGAGCAGAUCGGACCGGUGCGGGCCGUCUUCGUCAACUCGCCCGAGGAGUUCCGCAGGAUCUUCCUGCGACUGGAGGGCCCCAUGCCGCAGCACUUUCUGCCGGAAUCCUGGAAGCUUUACAAUGAGAUCCGUGCGCAGCGCCGAGGAUUGCUCUUCAUGGAUGGAGACGAAUGGCUACACUUCCGCAGGAUUCUGAAUAAGACGAUGCUGCUGCCCGACUCGGCGAAGCUGAUGUGCGCGCCUUGCCAGGAAGCCGCCGAGAGUCUGACGAGGAAGUGGAAGCAGUACAGUCGAGACGGCUCGACGAUACCGAAUCUAGAGCGUCAGCUCUACAUGUGGUCCAUCGAAGCGAUGCUUGCGACUCUAAUAGGUUCGCGAUGGCGGGAUUGCGAGCGGCAAAUGCGUCCCGAAGUGAAGGAUUUGGCGCUGAUGCUGCACCGGAUCUUCGAAUACUCCGCUACUUUGUCGAUGAUACCGGCCAAGCUGGCGAAGAGGCUCAAGCUGCCGGUGUGGACGAAGUUCGUCUGGACUGUCGACACGAUUUUGGAGAAAGUGUGCAAUCUGAUACCGGAAAUGACGCGGUUAGACGGCGACGGGCUGCUGCGGACAAUGAUGAAAGAAGGCAUCCACGGCGACGACGCCGUCCGAAUCGUCGCCGAUUUCAUUAUCGCCGCCGGCGACACGACAGCCAUCACCAUGCAGUGGGCAUUGUUGCUGCUAAGCAGUCGCUUCCAGCUGCAAGAGCAACUGUUCCACGAUCUCAGGGAUCUGUCACCGGAAGAGGUCCUGCGACACCGCUUGCUGAGGGGCGUGUGGCGAGAAGCGCUACGGCUACAUCCGGUCGCGCCGUUUCUCACGCGAUAUUUGCCGACGGACGCGACGAUCGGCGAUUAUUCCGUAUCGAAGGGGGAUUUAAUUCUCCUGUCGAUUUAUUCGAGCGGUCGCGACGAGACCGACUUUCCGGAGCCGAACGAAUUUCGGCCGGAAAGGUGGAUCAGGACGAAGGAGGGCUAUCAGGGUGUGAAAAAUCCGUACGCCACCCUGCCGUUCGCGAUGGGCGUGAGAAGCUGCAUCGGUCGCAAGCUCGCGGAGACGCAGAUGUCUCUCGCGCUAGCGCAGGUCAUCAAGAACUUUAGAAUCGAGUGCACGAAUCGGGAUAGCAUAAAGAUGAUCCUGCAUCUGAUCUCCGUACCGUCCAGGCCUAUCCAGCUGAAGCUAACGGAAAGAGAAGUAUGAAAUCGUUGAACGCAUGCGGGAAAAGAAUUUCAUUGCGAUACGAAGAAAUGUACAUACGCGAAGUAUUCUUAUCUUAUCGAAGAAGCGAAUAAAAGAUUUGCCAAUGAUAGAAAUUCGUGAUAUUUUUAAGAUAUUUUGUAGAUAAUACGAGAAGGAUUGAAUGCGAAAUACGAUUUUGAG